CACCAGCGCAAAGGCCAGAAAGCUCGCUGCAGGUGAACCUUCUCGGGCCAAACAGCCCGAUAUGAUUGGGAAGAUUGCCGUUAAUGGAAAGUUUGCUUAUGAGGCCAUGUUCGGUGAAGUAACUGGUGAGGGUAAGAACAACACCGAAAAGAAAAACCUAAUCGAUCUGAUUAG